UGGCAGCGGAUAGCAGCGUUUGUUACAUGUGCGAUCCUGAUUGGUGAAAUGAUGGUGUUCGGUUUACUUAUCGCUGCGAUACAACUGAUCGCAAAACCACGAAUACGCAAAUUCAAAAUUAAACAAGGUGUUGCCAUAUCGAAAAAAAGGAAAGCAAUUAAAAAACGUGCGUUAAGACGACUUCGAAAGCUGAAGCUGAAAAGAAUUCGAACGAACAAAAAAUUGGUGCAGAUGCAGAAGAGCAAUCAAAAAGACGACGAUUCAAGCAGAGGAUCAACGUCCAUAAGCUACCGCGAUUAUUCUGCAGAUACAUCGCAAAUGGGCAGUGCCGAACGAAGCUCUCAAAUGAACACAAUCAAAUCGGAGGAACUACGAAACAAAACCGACAAAAAUGCUUCAGCAGGUAUUUCUAUUAAAAUUGACAUUGUCACACCUGAAUAUGGAUGGCUAUGCAAUGAAAUUAAAUCAAACAAAUCGAAAUAUAUGGGCGUUUGCAUGAGCCAGUAA